AUGAAGCCAGCUAUUUCCCGUGAGGAAACACAUAAGGUUAAUACCAUACCAGCACAAAAUUUCCCCGUGGAAAUCAACAGCGAAGUUUUUGCAGAGGACCUACCUUUAAUAGAGGACCACUCUCCGGCAGAGGAGAUUUCUGGUUAUGGUUCUAAGCAUACUCCCGACCGGGUUUCAGACCUGAACCUCCACAAGCGGGAAAAGCACAACAACCAAACUGUCAGGAGGCCCCGGUCGACCAGGAAGUUCUCAUCUAGGGAGUUUGUCUCCUCCUCGGAGAGUGAGGAUGAGGAAAAGCAUACCCGGAGCUCCUCCUCCUCGUCCUCAUCCUCAUCAUCAACAUCAUCGUCCUCAGGGAAUUUUAAGAGGCAGAGGAGAGAAAGUGAAAAGGAGGAACAGAUGGAAGAGAAGAAAAAAGUUGAAGGGGAGGAGAAGAAAAAGGAGGAAUAG